AUGUCCUUGCCCUCAAGCUCGGCGAGGAGCUUGGAAAUGCGCUCGCUGUCGGCGUCAAUGCCAACGGACGAGAGGAUGCUCUCGAUGCCCUCAGCGGACGGGGUGGUCUCAGCGAGCUGGAGCAGAAGCCAGACACUGCUACGGACAGCAACAGCGGCACCCAGAUUCGCAGGCGUGAGCCGGGCCGCCUCGGCACGGAGGUUCAUUUCGCUCAAAUCACUAUUUGCACCCUCGCCGAAAGGCGACGGCGGGGUGAGCGGGGGAUCGGGGCAGCAACGGCUGCUGGUGAAGAGUGACGAUCUGUUUCACCCACUAUCCAAGUCGCCAAUCAAGGAGAUGCGCGAGAAGGGCUUGCUGAUCCAGGAGCACGGCAGCUGCCCGACGUGUGUCAGCGAGACGUCGAGCAGCGGCACGGCAGCGACACGCGAGCCCAUGUUCGAGUGCCCCGACUGCGGGUAUCCGACACACUGUAGCGAGACGCACUGGGUCAGCGACAAGCAGCACCAUGCAGAGCACUGCGGGUACCUGCGGGAGGCGAACGAGGACGAGCACGAUCUGCGGUCGGGACGCACGCUGCGGGAGUUCGAGUUCCCGUCGGCGCAGCUGCCGGAGGUGGUGGUGAAUCUGAGCGACUGGGACACGUUCCUGUACACGCGGUCGUUCACAAACGUGGAGUCGGACCGGUCAAUGCGGCACGUGAGCAAGGUGCUAACGUACCCGAUCACGAUGGGCGCGGUGCUGCACCAGUACAGCCCGUUUGCGCUGGGCGCGGGGCUGACGCCCGAGGGCCUGAAGUCGCUGACGGCGCUGCGGACGACGAUCAAGGAGCACGAGCUGGCACGCAGCGAGAAGGAGCUGGAGAUGCAGGUCACGCCGCUGCGCGUGUUUGUGCUAGGCGCGCGCGCCGAGGCCAUGCUGCCGCCGCACCUGUAUCUGCAGCUGUCGUAUCUGCUGCCGCACAGCCCGAUCAACAUCUACUUUGUCGGUCCAGAGUGCAUUCCGUCGCCCGACGAGACGCGCUCGACCAUUGCCGUGUCGUCGCGUCUGGCGCUCAAGUACCACAAGGGCUACUUCCACGACGCCAUCUGGAACUUUGCCCCCUUCGAUCCGUACACCGACAUCUUCUUCAUGUUCAGCCCCGGUAUCGCCCACCCGCGCGGCCGCGACGGCUGGCGUCCCACCGUCGAGAAGCUGCUCGAGACAAAGUGCGCCGUGUUUGCCACCGGCUUCCACGAGAAGGACAUGCUGAGCGACGUCAAGGCGCUGGAGGACGACUUUGCCGGCAAGAUGGACUGGCUGCUGCAGCCCCAGCCGAACCCCUUUGCCAGCCUCAAGCGCGACUUUGGCAUCCGCAACCUGCGCGAGUGGGCCAUUGCCAACUGGGGCAUCUACGGCUUCCGCGGCAAGAGAUACGAGGUCCAGGGCAAGAAAUCAUAA